AUCUAUCACCUGGCCGCUAGCUGUUGUAACUAUAACUCCCAGCAUGUCUUCACUGUAAGGGCAUGCUGGGAGUUAUAGUCCUGUAAUAGCUAACGGGUGAGAUAGAUGUGAGUGGGUGCCGGGGAGCGGAGCUGCAGGCCGUCACCCCCCCCCCCCCCUCCCAUAGACGUGAAUGGAGGGGGCAAGGGGUCACUUCCCCAGUCCCGGAAACCCGGAGGUUUCCGAAACUGGAGACGCAGCCCCGCAUAGAAUGUGGGUGCUGCAGGGAGAUUGAGGGGGGUCCCAGCAACGGGCCCCCCCGCGAUCAGACAUCUUAUCCCCUAUCCAUUGGAUAGGGGAUAAGAUGUUUUUGCCCGGAAUACCCCUUUAAACAAUUCAUUCAUGAGAUGAGCAAGUGUGGACAACAGUGCCCUGUAGAGGUGAGGAGUGGGGCAGGUAGGUAACCAUGCAGCUACGUAAGCCAUAGAGCAUCAUUUACCAUUCCUUCACAGAUGGAGCUGCGGAGAAAUGCCAGAGUCCAGGAAUGACUACCUGAGCUGUGUAAGAAAAUGAUGGAGAAGAUUCCAUUAGAUUGUUGGGUGCAGCUCACUCAACCUUCCUAUAACUUAGAUGACUGUACCGGGAGAUCAGAGGAGAAUCUUAUAUCUUCAUAUUAUAAAGCAGAUGAUGAUAUCACACAAGAUACAUAUGAAGAACAUUCCAUUAUCCCAGAUACACCCUCAGCCCUUCACAGCCAAGAUCUCUCAUCUCAUCCUGUUAUACCCGUCCUGUCUACUGAUCCAUCACAGGCUGUUAUGCAAAAUAAAAGCCACAGAUGGGGUUUUGGACACCAAAAAAAUCAUACAGGGGAGAAGCUAUUUUCAUGUUCAGAAUGUGGGAAAUGUUUUACUGGUAAAGCAAGUCUUAUUGGAGAUCAAAGAACCCACACUUGGGUAAAGCCAUAUUCUUGUUCAAAUUGGGGGAAAUGUUUUACUCAUUCAUCACUUAUUAUUGAACAUCAAAUUACUCACAUAGAAGAGAAGCAAUUUCCAUGCCCUGAAUGUGGAAAAUGUUUUACUAAAAAUUCACUUCUAGUUAAACAUCAGAGAAUUCACACAGGGGAGAAACCAUUUUCAUGUCCAGAAUGUGGGAAAUGUUUUACUCUAAAAUCAGGUCUUGUCAAACAUCAGAGAAUUCACACAGGGGAGAAGCCAUUUUUAUGCCCAGAAUGUGGGAAAUGUUUUACUAAAAAAUCGACUCUUGUUGAACAUCAAAAAACUCACACAGGAGAUAAGCCAUUUCCAUGUCUAGAAUGUGGGAAAUCUUUUACUAAAAAAUCAACUCUUGUUGAACAUCAAAGAACUCACACAGGAGAAAAGCCAUUUCCAUGUCUAGAAUGUGGGAAAUGUUUUACAAAAAAAUCAACUCUUGUUGAUCAUCAAAAAACUCAUACGGGGGAGAGGCCAUUUUCAUGCUCAGAAUGUGGGAAAUGUUUUAGUCAAAAAUCUAAUCUUGUUUUACAUCAAAGAACUCACACAGGAGAUAAGCCAUUUCCAUGUCUAGAAUGUGGGAAAUGUUUUACUAAAACAUCUAAUCUUGUUUUACAUCAAAAAACUCACAGAGAGGAGAAGCCAUUUUAAUAUGCAAUAUGUAAGGAAAGGGAGAGGGGAUAAGAUGUUUGAUUUCGGGGGCUGGGUGCUGCUUCAGUCUUGGAAACGCUGGAUUUCGGGGACUGGAGACGUCACACCAUGCCCUCUCCAUUCAUGACUUAUCCCCUAUCCAUUUAUUAAGGAUGUAUAAAGAAGGCUGAGAGCACAGUACACAGUACUGUGCCUCUUCAUUGGUGGUUCAGGAGAUGCAUCACCUUCUUGCAACACGAUGGUGGGAAGCCAUGAGAAGGGUCCCUUACCUGCCUCAUCGGCGUCUGAUCGCCGAAUGACUGCUCCGUGCCUGAGAUCCAGGCAGGAGCAGUCAAGUGGCGAUAACACUUAUCAGUGCUAUGCUAUGGCAUAGCAGUGAUCAGUGUAGGAAAUCAGUGUGUGCAAUGUUAUAGUCCCCUAUGUGGGCUAUAACAUUGCAAAAAAAAAAAAAGUUAAUAAUGAUCAUUUAACCCCUUCCCUAAUAAAAGUUUGA